AUGCCGGGAAAGAUAAAAGUGAAAAUUUUGGCGGGUCGUAAUUUACCAGUAAUGGAUCGUUCUGGUGAUACGACAGAUGCGUAUGUUGAAUUGAAGUUUGGUAAUAUAACGUUUAAAACGGAUGUAUGCAGAAAAUCGCUCAAUCCUCAGUGGAAUUCAGAAUGGUAUAGGUUUGAAGUUGAUGAUUCUGAAUUACAAGAUGAGCCAUUGCAGAUCAGAUUAAUGGACCAUGACACCUAUUCUGCAAACGAUGCAAUAGGCAAAGUUUAUAUAAAUUUAAAUCCAUUACUGUUACCUGGUGUUCCUCCCACAGUUAAAAAUAUAUGGACAUUAGAAGCUGCAAUGAAUACCAAUGCUGGUUCACAGAGUGGUUCUGUUAUGACUGGAUGGAUACCAGUAUAUGAUACAAUGCAUGGGAUUCGUGGUGAAGUUAAUAUUAUAGUUAAAGUAGAAUUAUUCUCUGAUUUUAAUAAGUUCAGACAAUCCUCUUGUGGAGUACAAUUUUUUUAUUCACCAAAUAUACCUCAUGGAUAUCAUACUCAAAGUAUACAUGGUUUUGUAGAAGAACUAGUUGUUAGUGAUGAUCCUGAAUACAAAUGGAUUGAUAAGAUAAGAACACCUAGAGCUUCAAACGAGGCAAGGCAAACCUUAUUUUUCAAAUUAAGUGGAGAAGUACAAAGAAAAAUUGGAUUGAAAGCUUUAGACCUUGGUGGAAAUGCUGUUAUUGGGUACUUACAAAAUUUUGAUCUAGAAGGUGAAUCUGGUAUUGUAGCUCGUGGUAUAGGUACAGCUGUUACACUUGUGAAGCUACAAGAUACUUUAAGCUUCCCAUCUGACAAUAUAGAAGAGCAACAAGAUGAGGCAUCUGUAAGUCCAUCUUACCCACUUCCGGCUGUUCCUUCUAUGGUCUCAAAAAUAUGUCAGUUACCGACAACUAAGGCACAACCCACUGUCUCGUUACAUCGAAGAUCCAGUGAUUCCGAUUUGAGCGUUACUCCAAAAGGCAACUCAUUUGGAGCAAAUGAUAAAUCAAUGACUGGAUUAUUAAAAACAUCGACUGCCGUGAUAAGAACUAUGAAUCGAGAUGCAUUUGAAAUGCUAGAAUAUCCAUUUAUUACUAUGCAACAAUACCCGCCAGGAUUUAUUUUGCAUAUUGGUGGUCUUGUAAGCUCAAGAUCAGUCAAACUUCUUGAAAGGAUAAGCAAUUUAGAAGAACCCGAGAGCCGAGAUGCAUGGUGGAAGGAAGUCAGAAUGGAAGUUCGAUCACAUGCCAGGGCAUUAGCGUGUAAUGUAGUUAUUGGUUACAAAGAGGAAACCAGUAUUUGUGAUGAUGUCUGUGUUCUAAAUGCAUAUGGUACUGCAGCUGUAAUCAAUCUUCAUAGUUCAAACCAGGAAUCAGACAAUGUUUUUAUUAAUAAAGGACAAUCAGGAUCGGGUGCUAAUACUACAGAAGCAGAACGCGAUAAAGUUCAACAAAAACCGGUACCUGUAAAAGUAGAGAAAAGUGACACUGAAACAUCUGUACCAACUGUAACACAAACUGGCAAAGUAAGGCACACCUCAGAAAGCAGGGAUCACGAUGUUCAAUUUCAAAGCAAAUGCAGCCUUUGUCACCUACCGUACAAUGAAGCAAGUGUUCCGUUUCGAGUGAACAUGUCAAAAUGCGCUAUAUGUAAGCGCGCUAGAGUACCAGAUGUGAUGUUUACUACUAUAGAAUUACUAGAAAAUCUUUUAACGACCGGAAGAGGAUGUAUUAUUCAAGCUACCGCGUGUAAAACCAAAAAAGAUCUUAGAGGAGAACUUAAUGCUAAAGAGAUAUCAGAUUGCUUACCAUUUUUAGAAUAUGAAUUACAUAGUUUACUUUUAAAUAAAUUAAAAGUUAAAGGAAUGAACGCAAUAUUUGGCUUAAAACUACAGGUGUCUGUUGGCGAACGAUUAAUUAUUGGUAUGGCUGUAGGUACAGCUGUUUUUUUAACUGCAUUACCCACACCUUCUAUUCCACAAAUUGCUUCUGGAAAUUCUUGGCAUAAAGAGGAGCAAUUAACUGAAAUCCAGAAAACUUUAGUUGAAACAGUUAAACAAAACAGAGAAUUUUAUCGUCUCAAACCAGUUGGGGAUGUUGAAAAUGGACGUGUCACAACUUCUGAUACCGAUGAAUCGGAUGAUGAUUUGCCCGAUGUAGAUUUUAGCGUAGGUCCAAGGGAUACUUGCGUGUUAGAAGUCGACGAUAUUGAAGAUAUGGAUAGAAUAUCAUUAUUAAUGGAUGACAGACCUCCAGAGGAUUUUCAUGUAGUAAAUACACAAGUAAUUCCUGGAUUAGAUGAUUUAGAAAUUGUGAGAAAUUUACAGAUGUUCACUCAAAUUUCAAGGACAAAAAUUCCUGCUAACUUCAGGUAUUUUAAUAACUUGUUUCAGUCUGUAUAUUUCAAAUUAAGAAGAAUGAUUCCAUGUGCACUAUGUGACAUGCAAUUUAAGUUGGCACUUCCUGAGCCAGAUGAAAUACAAUUCACAGUAAUUGGUAUGGCUCUUGGGCUAGGAGAUCCAGUAAAAAUAAAUAAAUCUAAGAAAAAAUUAAUAUCCCAUUCUAUGAGCAAAGAUCAAGUUAAAAGAUCAGAUGACAGCGAUAUGAUAUUCAAUCUUGACGUAGAUCACACUGAGGUUUCAUCGGAUAAUGCAUCUAGUAUUAACUUGAAUUCAGCUACCCUAAUUAAUAUGCCAGCAAUGAAGUCCCGGACUCGUUCACCACUACUAUCUAAGAUCCAUGCAACACGUAAACAUAAACACGUGCCUUUAAAGGGAAGAUAUGGGGUAGAUAUAACACCUCUGUCUUAUCUACCGGGUGGUCGCAUAGAAAGGUACCUAGGAAACUUAAACUUUUUCUUCAUUCGCGAAAGCACAUCUAUCAGAGAAAAUGGUGGUUUAAGUGGGUUUACCCACAGUUUCGUGAUGGAAGUUUUAGCAAUCGUUCGUGCGCACAUUACAGCCUUAGGAGGAAAUGCAAUGGUAGCGUUUUUUAUGACUAAAUGCGUCCUUCUUCAUAGUCCUCAUAAGAACCAAGGUCAGUGUUUGAUAAAUGUCGGUGGAGAUGUGGUAUCCGUGUCCUAUUUCGCGGACGAAAAGCACUGUGGAUCUUCAAAUUGCUGACCCCAACCUCCCCAUUCUGCACCUCCAUAGCUACAACUGCACACCGAGAAGCAACGUCGGAGAUUUGACUUCUCGUUGAUCGAUGAACUUCAUUAGUUAUUUUGGACGAAUUGUAUCUCAUCCUCCUGUGAUAGGAUAGAAUUUGUAAAUAUUUGAAUCUAUAGCAUAUAGGUACUAUAAGAUACGAGAAUUCGAUGAACGUAGAUAAGAUUAUGAAAUUUUGUAAAUUUAGUCA